UCCAACAUGGCCGUACGUGUCACGCUGAAAUGUAGGAGAUCGCUUCCUGCAUGGCUCAUCCAACAUGGCCGUACGUGUCAUGCUGGAUUGUCUGGAAUGGAGGAGAUUGCUUCCUGCAUGGCUAGUCCAACAUGGCCGUACGUGUCACACUGGAUUGUCUGGAAUGGAGAAGAUCGCAUCCUGUAUGGUUCGUCCAAAAUGGCCAUACGUAUCAUGCUGGAUUGUCUAGAAUGGAGGAGAUCGCAUCCUGUAUGGCUCGUCCAACAUGGCC